AUGACUCUCGCAGAAAUCCCAUCGGGGCCAGUCGCCUUGCCCUAUCAUGUCCACGAUCGUCUCCUCGGUGAUGGACAUAUCCUCGAUGAGUACCGAGGUCACCUCCUCCAAAGUUGGUGCCGAGUCGGAUUCCACAAUGAAAACGGAAGCGGUGUCUGCGCUCAUGAAACGUGUCGUUUAUCGUGCAAAUAUCAGGAGUUGACUCGAGCUACCGAAGUCAUCAUUCGGGAUGAUGAAGUGAUGGGAACGCUGGAACGGACGUUGCGAAACUCGAUGGACGCUGAUCGAUUCGCCCACAUUAGCCGUCCAAGGUUCACCCAGACACCAGAACUUGUCGAGACGGUGCGAGAGCUGGUGGAUGAAGACUGCCUAAUUACUACUCGAGAGCUGGAUGAGGGGCUCGACGUUGGUAAGAGUACUGUCUACGAGGUGCUCACACAGGACCUUCAGCUGCUCAACAUGGCAUACGUCUGGGUACCGCACCGACUAACCGAGGACAACAAAGCGGCUCACAUCAAUGGUGCCAAGAACAUCAGGGACAUCUUUUUCCGCGAAGGCGUGGGGGCUUUCUGCAACAAUCUCUACAAGGCCAUUUGCAACAAGCUCAUUCCGUGUAACAGGCAGCGGCCGCAAUGCCGAGUCGAGAAGAUGGAAGGUGAUAGCACUGACACUGCGUUCGUCAAGCCCAACUAUUAUUUCGCCCUCGCGUUGUUCACUGAGAACAAACGCAGGAAGACUUUCAACUGUGUUUCUGCAAUAGCUGGUUACGUGAAUGUGGACGAGCUCGUCAGGUGGGGAUUCUAUCUGGACGUUGAUCCCAAGACCGCAUCGAAGGGUUAUCCAUCUGACGAUGAAGAUUUCAACCCCAACCGGAAGAAGAUGCUGUGCCAUGCCGGACGACUCUGGUCGUUUGAGUUCUUUCCGAAGAGAUACAUUGUAUCUACUGAUGAAAUGGCAAGAUGGGGUCUAUAUUAUACCGGGAUCCGCGACGAGACAGCUUGUAUUUUUUGCCGUCUGAUCAUUCACAACUGGGAAUACGGAGACAAUCCGUACGAGGAACACCGUAGAUUUUCCCCCAACUGCCCAUUGAUUAGAGGACGUAACAUCAUGGAUAUCCCAUACGAGAAUUCACUCAAUCCUGACGACCUUACCACGGAAAAGGAAGGAAAGGAGAUGAUCGAUGCUCUAAACAGACGAUCUCCAACAAGUUCCUUCAAAUCGGACGCUUCUUUAGAGCUGAUCGUUGAGGAAGACGCGGAUUUCCACCAUUUUUCCGGAGCAGAUGCGCAAGGAGGGGAGAAAUAAAAAGCAGUGUCCUCAAUCGACUCAACCGCUGCAUACGUGUACCAACUCGGAUCGGUUUAAAUAUAUAUGUUCAUCUGUAUAUACGACACACUCUGAUUCAUGCUUAAUCUUGUUAAUAAAGCA